AUGAUGAUCGGAGAAACUCAUCGUGUUUAUCCAACUGUUCAUAUUCCUCCAUGGCCACUUUCCGACGAUCUAACGGCGGCGGAUAUUUACGGAAGCCCUGACGGCGGAAACAGCAUGAUCGAGGCUUUGGCUGCUUUGCAGCGUUAUCUUCCGUCGAACGAGCCAGAUCCGGAUUCAGAUCCGGAUUUAUUGGGUCCGGAUUCUCCAAUCGACGCUUACUCCUGCGAUCAUUUCCGGAUGUAUGAGUUUAAAGUCAGGCGAUGCGCUCGUGGCCGGAGCCAUGACUGGACGGAGUGUCCGUACGCUCAUCCCGGAGAAAAAGCUCGCCGUCGAGAUCCGAGGAAGUAUCACUACUCCGGUACGGCUUGUCCCGAUUUCAGGAAAGGCGGUUGCAAAAAAGGUGAUGCCUGUGAGUUUUCUCACGGCGUUUUCGAGUGUUGGCUUCAUCCUGCGCGUUACCGGACUCAGCCGUGUAAAGACGGUGGUAACUGUCGCCGUCGUGUUUGUUUCUUCGCUCAUUCGCCGGACCAGCUUAGGGUUCUGCCGAAUCAAAGCCCCGAUCGAGUAGAUUCGUUUGAAGGUGUGUCUCCGAUACGCAGGGCGUUUCAGUUUUCGAUUUCCCCGACGUCUGGCUCGCCGCCGGUGAGUCCACGAGACGACUCGGAGUCUUCUUCCUCACUGAGUCGUUCACUCGGGUCUGGUUGUGUGAACGACGUCGUUGCGUCUCUGAGGAAUCUGCAACUUAAUAAAGUGAAAUCUCUUCCUUCGUCCUACAACAAUCAAAUCCGAUGCUACGGUUCCGGGUUCGGGUCUCCACGUGGAUCACUCUUGGGUCCCGGGUUUCAGAGCUUACCAAAUACCCCGACCCGACCCGAGACUGGGUAUAUGGACAUUUGGGAUUAUGGUUUGGAGGAAGAACCGGCGAUGGAACGGGUAGAGUCCGGUCGUGAACUGCGAGCGAAGAUGUUCGAGAAGCUGAGCAAGGAAAACUGUAUGGAACGGGUCGACCCGGAUCCGUAUCAGGAAUCCGGUGAAGCUCCCGAUGUCGGGUGGGUCUCUGAGCUGGUGAUGUGA